AUUAACUAAGAGAGUAUAUAACGGUGUACUUUCUCUCUCUAACUUUCUCUGGGCGCAUGAUUAGCGUGAGCUGCUAACCUAUGCCUGCUGGAAAAAUAGGGAGGGGACGGCCUAAAAAGACACCGCAAAGGAAACAAUGAAGCUUCAGCUCUCGGAAUUUUUCUCAGGGAAGAAUGGAAGCACAGAGAAGAAUGGAGCACCAAGUGCCGCUUCAAAGGGUACAAAUCCAUCGACAAGUAGGGAACUGAAGAACAAUUCGACUAAACAAUCCACACUACUAGCUAGCCCUAGUCAUAUUGAGGUAGUCAAAGUAGCAAGUGGAGCUACAACCCCAAACAUGGGGGAGACGCAAAGCCCAGGGAGAGUGAUUCAAACUUCUAAGACCAACCUGAACAUACAGACAACAGUAGAGGUAAUAGAACAGCAAAAGGGGGAGGAACAACGGUCAUGGGCGUCAAUGAUCACAGAGAUAAAGCGAUGUGAAGAUGACGAGACUUAGAGCAAAUUGAGCAGAAAGUUGUUGAAGUUCUAAUUACAUAAAAGGUUGCUGAAGACAUGAGAAUUAAUGGUAGCUAAAUCAAUAUUUUCUGCGUGGUAAUGAUUGAGUGAAGUUGUAAUGCUAAAUCAAUAUUGUCUACGUGGUAAUGAUUGAGUGAAGUUGUAAUGAAUGGAAUUUGUAUGAAGUACAGCAAAA